AACUUGACCUCUGACAUGUUUGAGCUACAAACGUCGGUGUGAGACCGCCUGGCUCCAGAAGUUUCUCUGUGGUGAGACCCUGUGCGGAAGUAGCGUGGGCAGCUCAUGACGGGCCGUUACAACAAACAGUUAUAGUCUUUACAUCUUAAAUAUAGCUUAGUCUCGCGGUUCCUGCCAAGCAGCAUGGACGCAGAGAAGAUAGCCCAGCUCCAGGCCUUCGUGCAGCUAUGCAGGGCCAACCCGGGGGUGUUACACGAUCCGCAGCUGCAGUUCUUUAAAAACUGGAUGGAAAGCAUGGGAGCUACCAUCCCACCAGCACCAGCCUCCCAGACUGGGACAACUCAGGAUAGCCCUCCUCCAACGGGAUCAGCUUCCAAGCCGCCCCCUCCCCCUGAACCUGAACCUGAGGAAGAGGAGAGUGAAGAGAGUGACCUCGACAUUGACAUGGAGGGGGUGAUUGAGGGUGAUUCUGACCCCCCUCCUGACAUGGGAGAUGACAGUAUUGAGGUAACAGAAGAAAUGAUGGACCAGUCAAAUGACAAGAGGGCUGAAGCUCAGGCUGCCAUGAAUGAAGGAGAGAAUGACAAGGCGGUUGAGCUGUGGACAGAGGCCAUUAGGCUCAACCCCCAAUCUGCUCCACUGUUUGCCAAGAGGGCAAGCUGCUUUCUACGCAUGAGCAAACCCAACGCUGCGAUCCACGACUGUAACCGAGCCAUCCAGCUGAACCCUGACUCCGCAGCAGGCUACAAGUGGAGAGGAAAGGCACACAAGCUGUUAGGUCACUGGGAGGAGUCUGCCAAAGAUCUGGCCACUGCUCAGAAGAUUGACUAUGAUGACGACACCUACCUGCUCCUCAAGGAAGUGCAGCCAAAGGCCCUGAAGAUUAAGGAGCAUCAGCGCAAGAAGGAGCGGAAACAAGAGGAGAAGGAGCUGAGAGCUCGCAAAAAACGGGUCCAGGCGGCAAAGGAAGCACAGGAGAAGGCUAAGAGGGAACAGGAAGAGAGGGAACGGCAGGGUCCAUCGGCCGGUGGGUUUGGAGGUGGAUUCCCAGGAGGUUUCCCAGGCGGGUUUCCAGGCAUGGGUGGUUUUCCUGGCGGCGCAGCUGGUGGAAUGCCAGGCGGAAUGCCAGGUGGAAUGCCAGGCGGAAUGCCAGGCGGAAUGCCAGGCGGAAUGCCCGGAGGAAUGCCUGGUGGAAUGCCUGGAGGAAUGCCAGACAUCAACAAGAUCAUGUCAGAUCCAGAAAUCAUGGCUGCUUUCCAGGACCCAGAAGUCUUGGCGGCAUUCCAAGACGUCAGCCAGCACCCUGAGAACCUGGCCAAGUACCAGAGCAACCCUAAGAUUGCCAACCUCAUAGCCAAGAUGUCUACCAAGUUUGGAGGGCCGCCAGGAGGGGGUCCAGGCGGACCUCCAGGGGGACCCCCUAUGGGAGACCCCCCAGCAGGGGAACCCCCAGUCGAUGACGGACUAGACUAAACUCAGUCCUGGUAAACAUUCAUCACUUGUAUAAGAGAUUAAGAAUGAUGUUUAGAUAGUUUUAAUGCAGCAAUGUUUCCUCUGAUUUUCUAGGAAUGACCUACUCUGAAAAGUUGACCUACAUGUACUCUGC